CAAAAAUAUUUGAACACAAAAUGCAGAGCAAUCAAUUAAGAAAAGUUGUACGUAAUCGUGGUGAGGUCCUCGCUUGGCAGGCGCAGUCUAUAAACCAUGACACCGACUGGAUGCAGUUCAUCAGACGCUAUACCGUUGGAAAUCAUAUCCAUGGCUUUUAUCAGCUCUUCUGGCCCACGAUGCGUAAUCGCAUGCGAUUACUCUGGGCGCUAGCUUUGCUCUCCGCCUUCGCAGUGCUUUUUUACGUAAGCUAUUUGCUCGGAGCCCGAUACGGACGAAGGCUUAUUCAUACGAUAGUCGACGAUUCCCAUUGGCCCAUUCACAAUAUUGCCUUUCCGGUGAUUACUGUUUGCAAUAAGAACCGGUUGAACUGGUCGCGUCUGUCUGAGAUAAUGCAACGAUACAAUAUUAAUAAUAAUCAGCAGCCACUUCUGGAGAAAGCGCUCACAGCCUAUGAUGCUCUCAGCUUUGGUCGCUUCGAUGUUUUCGAUCCUCUUAAGGAUGAGGAUCUAAAUCCUUUAAACCAUCUCAAUUUUACUCAAAUUGCGACUGAGAUGGCUUGGCGUUGUGAUGAACUGCUCACAGGUUGUAAAUGGCAAACUGUGCCUGUCGAUUGUUGUGAAUUCUUUCGUCCUCGACGGUUGCCGCUUGGUUCAUGUCUGGCUUUCAAUGAGGUUGAGAAGCGUGCUAGCGUUGAAAUGAGCCGAGGUACUGGCCUAACAAUCCGUCUUCAGCUGAAUGGAGCAAAACAUGCGCCUGGCAAUCGAGAGACGAAAGGUUUUGUGCUCAGCAUUCUGAAGCCAAGUGCCUGGUAUGAUGAGCCCAUUGACUUCUUUCCCGAUUUGGAUGCCAGCAUUAGCAUUAGAGCGAUUCGUCACUACCACGACAAGAACACCUUUUCAUUACCCAUCCAACAAAGAAAGUGCUUGCGGGAUUAUGAAAACGUUGAUGCGGAUAUACAGACCUUGCAGGGUAUCCGGUAUUGGAAGGAGAAUUGUUUUGCUGAAUGUCAACAGACUUACAUGAUUCGCUAUUGCAACUGCACUUUGGAUCUGUUUUAUCCACCAUCGGAUCAUAUGCCGUGUCAACUGAAGGAUUUGCCAUGCCUGACGGCUCACAACCAUUUGAUGCAGAACUACGAACAACCCGGCGAACAUCCCUUUGUAGCCCAGCAGCAUCCAGGACUCACAUGUGAUUGUUUGCCCAACUGUGAUUCGAUGAAUUUGAUUAAUGAUGUUCGCAAGCUGCUGAUACCACCGUUAAAUAUGGAAAAUCGCUCAACGCAGAUCAACAUUCAUUACAAGCGAAAUUAUGUUCUGGUGUAUAAGACCACAUUGAUCUACAGUUGGCUGGAUUUAUUAGUAUCUUUUGGCGGAAUUUGUCAGCUUUGCUUGGGCUUCUCAAUCAUUGGCUUUCUAGAGUUAUUGUAUUUUGGUUUGAUUGAUGUGCCGCAUUUCCACUGGACGCGUUUUGUACCUAGACGAUUUGCCAGAACUAUUCAAUAA